AUUGGAACACCUGUUGAACAGUGAAGAUGGAAGGCGUCGGCGCCGCAGCGCCCGCUUACACCGAUAAGCUCGGCAUGUACGCAUACAGCAUCCACUUUCUCGCACACCCGCACGCACAAUCUCUGCCUGUACCAGCGCGUUGCAGCCGUGCACAUACAAAAAGCUGAAGCCGAAGAACAUUGUGACGAUUGAUGUGUCGCAACGGAGAAAGGUUCAUAGCACCGCAGUGGCCGUUACCGCAUCUCUUCACUGACAGCAAGCUGCCAAUCGACCCACAAAGGAUUCAAGAGAAGGGUUGGAGGUCUGUGCGCAAGCUCUCCCUCUCUCGGUUCUCCACCCUCGAACACGAGCGGAUGUACACAAAAGUUAGCCGAAAGCGCUCGUCUACGAUCAAACACCCAGCGACGCGAUCGCGUUUUCCAAACAGUGCUCCGUCGUGAGCCUUGUGGCCUUGUGCAUUCUUCACGCCUUCCGCUCGUCCUCCGCCUGUCGCGUUCCCAGCCUGUCCUAACCCGUGCACGUGCGCUAUCCGCAAUCAAUCUCCACCGCACUGGGGAUCCGGCCAUGCUCGAAGCACUGAAAAAGACGGUUCCCUCAGCCCUCAAGCGCAAGGCUGAUGGCUUAAACUCAACCCCAAGCUCCUCCAAGAAGAGUAAGUCGCUGCACUCCCCUCGGCCCAGCAGCGAACCCGUCUCCGACAUUCCGAGCUUCGAGGCCAACGUUGUGCCAUAUAACUACAAGCCCAAGCCUGACGAGGUCCUAAAGAGCUUCGAUGAUAUCGCCGCCGGUCAAAGCUUGGUCUACCAGGCUGAGGGCUUCUUCAAGGCGGCAUCCCGCGUGUGCAUCAAGAAUGGACAUGACUGGGAUGCUCUUACAAGAUACAAGAAAGCCGUGUACAUGGGAACGAAAUUCUGCGUCGGCGACGAUGUCCUGAUCAUGCAGGAUGAGACGGCCGACGACAACUCCGCACUUGCCCCCGAAUUGAAGGGGCGUUGGGUCGGCAGGAUCAUUGAGAUUCGCGCAAUAAAUCAGGAAAAUGUCUUCAUUCUGAUCAAUUGGUACAAUCGUCCAGAAGAUUUGCCAAAGGGCAGACAGCCACACCACGGCAUGAACGAGAUCCUUGCUACAAACGACGUUGACAUCAUCUCACCGACCGCCCUUGUUGGCAAGAUCGAUGUCGACUACUGGAUAGAGUCCGACGACACAGCCCCGCGUGACCAUACCAUAUUCUGGCGCCAAUGCGUAGCCAUGGAAGACCGAAGCAAACCGAGAUUCUCUAAACUGAAUGCGGUCUGUGUCUGCAAGCAGCCUGCCAACGUUGACAAGAUGCUGCUCGAAUGCGGCUCGUGCGCACUCUGGAUGCACGAUGAAUGCUUCAUCAAAGCGCUGGCUAAAAGGCACGGUGUAGCGGACAAAAGUUGGAAGAGACUGAUUGUCGCCGGUGAGGACGGGACGAUUCCCGACAUUCUGCCAAACAAAUUCAAACUGUCGCCACCCAAAGGCAAGCCAUGGACGGUCGAGAUCCAGAACGAGGAGGGUAUGUUUGUGUCGAAUGACAAGGCCGACUGCCUGUGGGAGGAGAAAAUCUUGUGCUUGAGCUGCAGCAACUGGCUGAGGUAGCGCCGCCGCUACAGUCCUCCUCGCUGGCCUCCAUUAAUCACCCUCAUUCAGCAACCACGCUGUCAAGUUGAUGUGCCGUCGGGCGGCAUUCCCGAUGGUCGCGUUCAUUACGUGGGUUGUCGGGCACCUGGAAAAGGCAUUGCCACCUUGGAUCGCAGCGUACAUUAGGUAUUCUCAUACAGAUAUUUUGCCUCUCAUGGCUUAGCGACACAUUCUGCUGCGCAAGCGGUGAAGAAAAUAUUAGUUUACCUUUACUUCUUCCUAA